AAAGAGCGCCGGUCCGCCGAUGAAAAAAACCGCUAACUUCACAAUUACAUCCACGACGCCGACGGUGACGGUUUUACGGUUUUAUUUCUGAUUGGUAAUGGUAACUUAUAUGUUGUUGUGAUUUAGCAUAAUUUAACAGAUCAGUUAAAUUUCAUUAAAUAAAUGGCCACUAAAAAAAUUAUUAGUGUUGACUUUGAAGUUUAUGGUAGAGUUCAAGGGGUUUUCUUUAGAAAGUAUACCCAAGGUCAGGCCAAGAAGCUAGGACUGCGAGGAUGGUGUAUGAACACAGAUGAAGGCACAGUCACGGGGGUUAUGGAGGGAGACCAGAAACAGAUUGAAGAGAUGAAAAAAUGGCUUCAACUGACUGGAAGCCCACAAAGUAAAAUUGAGAAAGCCGUUUUCAAGAAUGAAAAGAAUGUAGAUGUUUCUGGUUUUAAAGACUUCAGUAUCCGUCAUUGAAACCCCAUAGCAUUCAAGAAUGCUACGGAAAUGUUUGAACUUUGAGGAUUGAUUGCACCUUACAGCUUCAUGAAGUUUGAAGAGGAAAGGUUUUUCACUUAUUGUGACAUUUUUUAUACUUUAUCUGGAAUACUUGAUAAGCUAUUUUGGUAACUGCAAAUGAAAUAUUGUUUACUAUCAUUAAAUUAUGAUACAAAUAAAACCUGUUUUCAAUUGUG